GCUAUUACUCUUCCUCCUCCCCUUCCUCCCCUUCCUCUUCCUCCUCCCCUUCCUCCUCCUCCUCCUCCUCCUCCUCCUCCUCCUACUACUACUACUACUACUACUACUACUACUAAUAAUAAUAAUAAUAAUAAUAAUAAUAAUAACAGUAAUUGUGAAUUGAAAUAA